AUGUUCACCGACGGCAUGUCGAAGCUGACAGUGGGGGUGUGCAUCAUGGUGGCGCUCAGCCUGGCCGUCUUCCUCACCAUCGUCGUCCUCCUCCUCGCCGACCUCUUCUGCUCCCACCUCCGACGCCGCCGCCUCCGCGCGGCCGAGAUGGCGCCGCACAAGAGGCCGAAGCUUGGCGUCCCGGCGUCGUCCCUGCCGCACACCGCCGACGACGCGUCGGUGGCCACCACCACCACGACGGCGACGCACGAGGCGCUCUCCAGCACCCCGCCCUUCUACUACGCGCACGGCGUCAUGUGCGCGCCCACCCGCAAGGACCUCCUCCUCGCCAUCCCCAAGCUGGAGGCCGCCGUGUGGAAGUGGUCUCCCGCGCGCCGCUCCUCGCCGUCGCCGUCGCCGCCGCGGUCCGAGCCCACCGCCUGCGAGUCCUCCUCCUCCGCGUACAGCGACGGCUUCCUGCGCAUCUCCAACCCCGUGUACGAGCGGGGCGCCACCGCCGCCCCGGGCGGGUACGAAGAAGACACGCCGUUCGACACGCCUGACGCAUCGCCGUCCCCGAAUGGGAUUACAGAGGAAGAUGGGGCUUUCUCGCCGCCGCUGUCCAUGAUGAGGAAGCUUCCGCCGCUGGGCGUGCUGGCGUGCCCUCCGCCCAUGGCGGCGGGCUUCUACGAUGGCCGGCCGCCGGUGACUCUAUGGCCCGGGACGGUCGCCACCGACGCCAACCGGGCCUCCUCCUCGUCGUCCAACUUCACCACGCGAUUCUUCUCUUCGUAG